AUCACGGUACCUAAAAAUUACGAAGUUAUAAUGUCUGCACUUCUGCAAGAUAUGUGCAAAGGUCCGGAACAAAACGAUAAUGAUAUGACCGGCCGAGAUGCAGAUGAGGCAGAAAUGGCUGCAUUAAGAGCCGAAAAUAAAGAGUUGAAAAAAAAACUUGCCGCCAUACCACCGGCACUACUACUGCCACAGCCGGUACCGGCUUCGACCUCGGGCACAGCCCCGGCACCGGCACCGACACCGACACCAACAUCGGCACCGACACCGACACCGACACCAGCAUCAGCACCGGUACCAGCAUCGGCACCGGCACCAGCACCAGCCCCAGCACCUUCAAUGCUAAAACCAAAAAGAUGGCAAAGGGCCGGGAGAAACAUAAAUCGGUACAGGAGUAGAGGAAGAGGAAGAGGAAGAGGAAGAGGAAGAGGAAGAGGAGA